AUGUCGGGAAGUAAGGCGCUGGGCGGGGGGGCUGGCGGUGGGGCACGGCGCAGGCGGACACGGUGCCGGCGCUGCCAGGCCUGCAUGAGGACAGAGUGUGGAGAGUGUCACUUCUGUAAGGACAUGAAGAAGUUUGGAGGGCCCGGCCGCAUGAAGCAGUCCUGCCUCCUGAGACAGUGCACAGCGGUGAGACACACACACACACACACACGAUAAUCAGCACUAUGACCACAAAUAAAGCAGACAGUGAAAGUGUCCCCAACUUCUGUAUUCACAUGUCACCACUGUUGCUUCGGAUAGGUUCAGGCUUCCUAGAUGUCACAUGAUCCAGUUCCUCAGACUUUCAGACCAAAGGCUGGAGAAUUUCGCCAGAAAGUGACUUAAAAACCUUUCAACUCAGGAAAUCCUGAUGCUGCAGCAGAAUCAGCCAAAUUGAACUCCAUUCAUAAGAAACAAUCAUUUUAAAGCUGUUGGCUUGCCUUCUUGCAGACAGACCUGUCAAAUCAGUUUUUAUAACUCUGCAUUAUGAUGUAGUUAUUGCAGCGUUAUCUAAACCUGUUAUUUCUUUGAAUUCACAGUAAAGUCUGUUGUUUUGUGAUUGUAGUCCUGCAGAGCCAGGACUCAACACCUACACCAGAAUGCUGGCUUCAUUUUUCUUCUCGAUUUAGCUUCAACUUGGGGGUCUUAGGUAUUUUUUACUGGAGCAGUGUCCAUCAAGAAGUGUUAAAAUGAAGCCAAAAGCAGCUCUAUUUCUUACUGAAUUUGUCAGUCUCCCUUUUUUGGGAUAUCAGAUUGUAACAUUUUUUUAAAGUUAGUUUGAAGGGAGUGUUAAUUUCUGCAUUUCAUCACUCUCCUUAUGCAGUAUUUUUUUUAUCAUCUGAUGCUUUUCUUUUGAUGAGCAAAUGCAUUCCCAAGGUCCAUUGAGUAAAUUCCUCCCUCUCCCUUUUAUGCACACUAACCGUUUUGAUUUGUUUGUGAUGUUUCGAUAAUGUUUGUAGGGUAACAAUAGUAACUGUUUUAAGUCAUUAAUGGCAUUUCUAGUUUCCUUUUUUAGUGGAAUAAGAGGUUUUUGACAAAUAUAAUUAGUUUAAGUAACAGAAACUGUAAAUCAAAUCUCUUUUCUAUUGACAAAAUACUGUCAUCACUUCAUCUAAAUGGGGAACUGAAUCUGCUGUAAAUAUCCUGAUGUCCUUGAAUUUUACAUAUAGUUUAUCUAAACAUGCUACUUUACCAACAUAAGUGGACAGCUGGGUUUUAGCAUUGAAAAUGUUUUGUUUCAGUUAAGUUUGUCGUCCAAGUAGUAUUGAACAAUCAGGUGUCUGCAGGGAGAACAGUGUAUCAAGAGCAAAAGCAGGAGAAACACAAUCUACCAUAAAGACAUCCUCUCCUCAUAUAAGUAGUUAUUUGACAAUUUUUGUUUCUCUCUGUAAACAGAGAUCUGCACCGCAUUUGAAAUAAACCUGUUUGUCACUUUGUUGCAAAAGCCAGUCAGUGAUUGGAUUUCCAGACUUCCAAAUGCAUCAGGAAAAAACAUUUGAAAAGUUACCUGACAAAGCCUGACUUUUACCUUUUACGAAUCUGCAUCAUGAUGUUAUUUCAGCCUUUUUAGAGACCUGACAGUAAAAAAAAAGUAGGUUUUAAAGGGUGUCAUAAUGCUGAAGUAAGCCAGAGUGAAGCCUCUGUGUAACUUACUAUGAACUGUUUAUUUUGCAGACAUUUCUGGAGAGCCGAGUUUAACUUUUCUCUUAGUCCAAACACACGGCUUCACCAGCUGCUUAAUUGGACUGUGAACUUCAUUGAUAACCCUGCGCAGCUAACUGUGGUUGAUCAGUCAUUUGAGGAAGGAGAAGGGACAAGAAAACGGAUUAAAAAGUUGCACUACAAACUUAGCUUUGAAUAGUAUGAAUUGAUUAUCUCAUUGAGGUUAUAUAAAACUUUCUAUACCUAAUCCAGCAGGUUAUAAAUCCUCUAAACACAGAUUUAAGUUGAUUUUAUGUUAUUGCAGAAAAAGGUCAGAGAGAGAGAGAAAUAACUGAGGAAGAAGUGCGGACAGAAUGUUCUCACACUCUAGAGAGGUCCUCAUAGAGAUACAAGAACCACAGCACACACACACACACACACACACACACAUGCUGGCAUAAUAUCUGCUCUUCAAAAUGACAAGUACACAUUUACACACACACACAAACAAGGCUCAGAUUUACAUGUCGACAUAAUCCUGUGAUACACCUAACACCUACUGAAGUGUCACACACAUACACUGUUACACACACACACACACUGUUACACACACACAUACAGAGACAGUCAGAACAUCAUCUCCAAAUGCAGGGAGCGUGCUCUUGAAAUGUAUGUGUGGUUGUGUGUGUGUAUAUGUGUGUGUGUGGAUUCUUCAAAUAGCAUCAGCACAGAGAAGGAACCCAGCAGGAGAGGAUGCUGGGUUUCCGUGGCAACCAGAGAUGGUUACUGGUGCUAAGAGUGAGAGUGAGUUGGCUUUGAUCCAUGGCCAUGGUUUCAUAGAGAUGCUUUGACACACACACAAACACACACACACACACCACCCAGCGGGCUAGUAGAACAGCCGUUAUAUUGCGUUUUUAUUUGUCGCUGGUUUGUUUAUUUUUAUUCAUUUAUUUUUUUUUACCUAUAUGUGGGUUUUGAAAGCGGCAGAACCAGCAAGUGAAUUUGAAAGAGAAGGAGGUGAUGUUUCAUAUUUGAUCCUCCUAAAAAGCAGGAGAUGAACGUGAUGGGGGGUGGAUCCUCCUCUUAUUGCUGUAGCAGGUGGGGGAGGAGGAGGAAGGGGGAGUGAAGGAUGAUGCCCUCUGCUGGUUGAUGUCAGUCAGUGUGUUCAGAAGGAGCAGAAAGCUUCCUGUGGUUUUUAUAUCUGUUUGAUGACGAUGAGCUCAAACCAACAAUAAUGACAGUCACUGUGUCGGGUGAGGAGAUCUCAGAGCCAUGACUGAACUGACUGACACGGCAGAGUACACAGGGGUACCUGACCGAUGGUACCAACACUCUAACCAUGUUUAAAACACUCAUAAAUAACCUAAACCAACAAAAAUGUGGAAACAAGAAAUUUAGAACAAAAAGACAAAAAUAGCGGGAGAUACAAAUUAACCAAAGUGGGCUGAUAGCUGCGCUUGCAUGCAGGUUUCUGAUAAUAACAGUUUAUAAAAACCUAAAUCAUGCUUGAACAUUUACAGAUGAGAUACAGGAUUACAUGAAUGGAGAAGUGUUGUGCUUCAUGUACAUCCAAACUUACUUCUCCCUGAAGGAAAAGCUAGAAGACAGUUGUACUCUGACUGCAAACAGAAAGCUUCAUACCUCCUGCACCUGCACCUCAAAUCUUUUCUGCAUCUGCAGAAACUGUGAAUAAAGAUGAGCUGUAGUGUAACACAUUCAGGCACAUCUGCUCCAAAUCAGGACCUUGUAAAACUUUAUUUCCUAAUAAAUGUCUGUAUACGUGUUGGACACGCUGGGCUCUCUUCACCUGUCUCUCUGCAUGUCUGACUCACCCGUCUCUCUUUCUCUCUUUACAGCCUGUGCUGCCUCACACGGCAGUGUGUUUUGCGUGUGGCGAGGCAGGGAAGGAGGAUACGGUGGACUCUGUUGAGGAGAAGUUCAGCCUCUCUCUGAUGGAGUGCACCAUCUGUAACGAGAUCAUCCACCCGAGCUGCCUGAAGGUCAGAAAUGGCGUCUUUAUUUCAGCAUCUGCAGCCUAGAGGCUCACUCCUCUUUACAUGUGAUCAGAGCAGAAAUGCAGAUUUUAGUUUCUUUUCUCAGAUCAAACUUUAAUAAGGUUUGGAAUAAAUUGGGUCACUGCAGCAGAAUUACAGGGAGAUGCAGACCCAACAUGGAGGAAAUAAAGAGAUCUGAAUUAUGGCUGCAAUGAAGCCCAAGGCUUUCAAAGUUUUCAAACAAGAAAGUGAUGGUAAAGACUUGCUGUGAGCCACCUGAGAGAAAAGACAACAGAUAUAGAUAUAACUCAAGAAGAAAGUGUAUGUUUUUAUUCAAGAUGUGUCUGAAAUGUUUGCCUCCUCAGAUGGGUAAAGCUGAAGGAAUCAUCAACGAGGAGAUCCCAAACUGCUGGGAGUGUCCGAAGUGCCACAAAGAGGGCAAAACCAGUAAGGUAAGACUGGGACCAGAACCUCAGGAACUCAGAUCCAAACUUUUAAUUGGGUUUGUAGAUGACUUGUAUAGUCACCCUUUUUAUAGAUCAAAUAAAAAUACAAUCUCAAUCCCACAACAGUUGUGAUGCUGAGUAACAUUCAGAUAAAAACUGAGUUUUAUGGUUGGUAAAUAAAGACUUUAUUUGAGGACAACAUAUCAGAUGUUCAAACUAAAAGAUAAGUUCAAUGAAAAAUACAUGCUCAUUUUAAAAUUCAAUUCAGCAACAUGUUUUAAAACAUUUAACAGGUGGUAACUCAGGACUGCAGACAGGCCAGUGUAGCAGCAGGACUCUUCUACUACAGAGCCAUGCUGUUGUAAUGUCGUUUGUGAUCCUCUUCUUGAAAUAUGAAGGUCUUCCCUGAAAAAGUUAUUUUCUGGAUGGCAGCAUAUGUAGCUCCUAAACUUUGAUAUACUGUUCAGCUUAAAUGGAGCCUUCACAGAUGUGUAAGCUACACAUGGACCCCUUAUGAUCCCCAUAACAUCAGGGAUGCUGGCUUUGAACUGUGAGCUGAUGACGAGCUGGGCGGUCCCUCUACUAUUUAGAGAGGGCGAUGCAGCGUCCAUGAUUUCCAACAAAGAAUGUCAGGUUUUGAUUGGUCAGCCAACAGAACAUUUUUCGACUUCAACUCAGUCCAUCUAGAGAGGUGUGAUUUUGAGCCCAUGCAGUGAUUUCUACUACAGAGUCCUGUCUGUCUAUAAUGAAGUGCUGCUUAAAGGCAUAAAGACAGCUUUAAAGAUCUGAAGCUGCCCCUAAACCAACCAGUUCUUCCGUCUGUAUCUCCGUUCAGGACCAGGCAGAUGGCUCGGGGAAGCGCAGGCUGGAUAACGGAGAGGUGGGACGCUGGAAACUCACAGAUGACCCUCCCCCUAAAAAGAAAGCCCCUCCCUCCCUGGAGGAGGCAGGGAGGAUAGAGGGGGGACACAAGAGGAAGAAGGAGAAGGAGCUUCCAGCGGACAGUGGAGCCAAGAAGAAGGUGAGCGAGUAGGUCAGAUACGAGGAGGAGCUGCUCAUGUUUGUAAUCUGUGGUUACAUCUGAGUGUUUCUUUCUUUUUCUCAGAUGAAAGGUGCACACGAAAAACGCCUCAAAAAGGUACGAAGCUUUUACUUCACACUCUCUGUCCCACAAACAACUAAAAGCUCUUUUCCUCCUAUGACUCGUUUGUGCCAACAGAAACAAAAAAUGAGGUUAUUGACUGAAAACAACUGCAGAUGUCCAAGAAACUGAGAGUUCGACUGAAAAAUGUAACAGCUACUCCCAGUAGCCCUGUUUGUUUAAGAUUAGGACCCGGGUUUCGUUUGAUCUUCCAUCAAGAAGGGAUCAGAAGGGAAACAAGAUGUGGUCUCGUCUUACUUUCAGCUUGCAGAGUAGUGUCUGUUUUUCCUCUUUCUGUGUAGAUCGCCCCAGAUCAUCAAACGAAUUUGAAUAUCAGUUAACCUGAGUGAAAAGAAAAUGCAGUUUUGGAAUGAUGACUCCAUUUAUUAAGAGAAAAAAGCUCUCCAACCUAAACCAACCUGACCCUAUAUAAAAAGGUCAUUGCCCCCUAAACCUAAGAUCUGGUUGUGCCACCCUUGGCGGCAACAACUGCAAUCAAGCGUUUGCAAUAACAGGCAGUGAGUCUUUGACAUCGCUGUGGAGGAGUUUUGACCCACUCUUCGUUGUAGGAUUGUUUUGAUUCAGCCAGAUUGGACAGUUUUUCAAGCAUGAACAGCCUGUUUCAAAACCUUCAUUUUUGGUUCGGAGGUGGACUUGCAGGUGUGAUUCAGACCAUUGUCCGGCUGCGCAAUCCAAGUGCACUUGAGCCAAGGCACGACAGUACGACCGUUUCACUUGCAUUUGCAACUAAAAAUAGAUGUGUGCGAAUUGUAAAAUGUAUUUAGGGGCACAUGCACGCAUAAAAGAAAUUAGCCGAGGCAACAAAUGUUUUUUCGUGUAAAUACCGCGGUGAAGUUAGUUUUAGGUUGGAUAUUCACUGCGGAUCUGCCGGUGUCUUCUCACUCUCCAUAACCAGGAAUGGCAAGAGCAGCGUGAUUAAAUCUAGUCUGCACCCUCGCUGUUAACAUCAGGUGUUGAAUAAGGGACCAGCGAUAAAUUACCGGUUGAUGUUCCCAGAAAGGCUGUUUUAAUUCAAUAGCUUCCAUGUCAUGUGACCAAUUAUCCUCAAACUGAUUUAAAAUAAUGGUACUUAUGUCGAUCAAUAAGACAAACAUUAUUUGAUCAGUUUUUAUUGUUCCCCUAAAGUUCUUUAUGUGCUCCUUACUUUUUCAACUUAGAGCACAUGUGCCCCUCGUGAAAAAAGUUAGUGUCAAGCCCUGACUUGAGCUUAAAGUCACAAACUGAUGGCCAGAAAUUUUCCAGAUUUUUUUUCCCCUUAAUGAAUGAAAUCAUAAUUCAAAAACUGCACUUUGUAUUUUCCUCAGGUUUAGUUGUCUGAUAUCUACAAUUGUUUGAUGAUCUGAAACAUGUAAGCAGGACAAAAAGCAAAAACGUAAUAAAUCUGUAAAGCGGUUUAUACUUUUUCACAGCACUGUAGUUCACUACCCCUUUUUUUAGAGUGACAGCAGUAACAGUUGGCUCUAAUCAGGGACAGGAUUAGAUCUUACUUGAAUUACGGUAAAUCUAUCAAGACCCCUGAAGCUAUUUGGUCUGAGAGGGUGACCUGAGAGUCUUUUGUAAACAAUACAUGAAACGCCUGCUGUAUAAGCAUGAUGUAAUCAAUCAUGUUCAUCGUGUAUUAGUUUAUCAGAACAUUCGUUUUUUCCAGUCCUCUAACAGGUCCCUGGUUUAACAUCACUAACAAGAGCCCCACACUCAUGAGUCCAGACCCCUGAUGAAUCUGGACUCAUUUAGUUUGGUUCAGGUUCAGGUUUUCUGUAUUUGUUAACUUCUCCCUUCUCUUGAUCAGAAACCCAAACAGGAGGCAGGGGAGUCCAACGGCCCCACCUCCUCAGCAGGAGGAGGAGCGGGAGGACUGCAAGGCUCUUCAAAUACGUCUUCAUCUCAGCCAGGGGGAGGAGGAGGUGGGGGAGGAGGAGGAGGUGCAGGGGGGACGUCGAGUGCGGACCAGCGCUCCCACCACAGGGAGAAACUGGAGCGCUUUAAGAGAAUGUGCAUGCUGGAGCGACGGCCCGAGUCCUCCUCCUCGUCCUCCUCCAGCUCCGAGUCUGAUUCGGAGUCCGAUUCUGACGACUCCCUGAGGGGGGAGCAAGGGGGAGGAGGCUCCUCGCCUUCGUCCUCCUCACCCGCCCCUCCUCCUGUCGUGUACGGGAACAGCAGCGGAGGCCGGGCGGAGAGAGAGAGAAGUCGAAGCGAGCGAGAACGAGAGCGGGAAAGGGAACGGCGCCUCGCUGAGCUGGGGUUCAGCGCCAGCGAGGAGUCAGAGGGUGAGGCAGGGAGGGGGGAGGAGGAGGUGAAGGAGGAAGAGCCAGGAGGGGACAAGGCUCGGAGGAGAGGGGGAGGAGGAGAGGUGGUGCUGCCUUCACGUGGACGUAAAAGUGGGCUGCUUGAUGGAGACGAGGAGGACACGCCCACUUCUGACAGGACCAGGAAAAACUCUGCUUCCCUCCCCCCACCCUCGCCCCUCUCCUCCAAUCAGAUGCCUCCGUCCUCACAGCACGACGGCUUCAUGGGGAAGCAGCGCAGCAACGGGCAGGAGGCCCGCAAUGGACGGACACGAGGAGGGGCAGGAGUGGGGAGGGAGGGAGGGGAGAAGGAGAAUGCCAGCAGCGUUCUGACCAAUCACAGACACGGUGGGGGAGGAGGGGGCGGGACCAAAGGCAGCGGGAGCAGGGGCAACAAGAUCCGCAGCAACAGUAAGAGCCAGACGUCCAGGAACAGCAUCACCUCACCCUCAUCUUCCAUCCCUACCUCUAACGGGGGAGGUGGAGGCCCGGGGGGAGGCGGCCUAAUGAUGUCAGCCAUGGCGGCUUCUCCCUGCUCGCAGCCAUCCCGCCUCGCACCGCGCUCCCAGAUGAUGAAACGCAGUCCCCCCGCUGUGCCCUCACCGCCCCGUCCUGUCCAGAUGGAGAGACACCUGGUGCGUCCUCCACCCGCCUGCCCUGAGCCCAGCUGCCUGCCGCUGGACUCCGGCUCCUCCCACAUCAUGACGCGAGACGUGUGGCUCAGAGUGUUUACCCACUUGAGUCAAAGAGAGCUGUGUGUGUGCAUGAGGGUGUGCCGCACUUGGAGCCGCUGGUGAGUGACGUCAUUCAACGGGAGUUUUUACCCGACGGUGAGUUUAAACAAACAUCCUGUUUCAUCAGGAUACAUGUGUCUCCAUCUUCUUCUUCCAGGUGCUGCGACAAACGUCUGUGGACCCAGAUCGACCUGAGCAGGCAGCGCUCCAUCACUCCCCCCAUGCUGAGUGGUAUCAUCCGCCGUCAGCCCGUCUCCCUGAACCUGGGGUACACCAAUAUCUCCAAGAAACAGCUAAUGUGGCUUAUAAAUCGUUUACAAGGUGAGGACCCUCCGCUUCCUCAGUCUACAGGUAAUCACAUCAGUGUUGUUUCCGUCAACCAUGACAUUGACGAAAAUAUUUUCGUCAUCGUCAACGAAAACAAAACUGCACGCGUGUGCGCGCAGGCGCCCAUGUGUGUGUGUGUGUCUGUGUGUUGGAGGAGCACAGCAGGCUGAUGAGAGCUGUCAGAGCGGACUGAAGCUGCUCCUAUAUGUUUAGCGUUUAACUGGCUGAAUUUUGCAACUCUGUUCGUCGUUUUCGUCUCGUCCCGUCAACGUAAAUGCACUUUCGUCUUGUCACAUUUUAGUCAUCUCCGACUUAUGUUUAGCUCGUCAACGUUACGUCUUCGUCGUGGAAGAAAAGGGAAAUAUUUUCGUCAACGAAAACAACCAGUGUUGUUCUCGUUGACGAAAAUAUUUCCCUUUUUUGACGCUGACGUUGACGAAAAUAUUUGAUGAAAUCUGACGAAAACAACACUGAAUCACAUGCUCUACCAGUUCUUAUUGGGAUGAAGAACCCGAGCUCAGAGUAGGACCUGUCAAGUUUCAAUCAAGAGGAUCGAGUUUAGAUCAGGACAGCUUGCAAUUAUCUGCAUGAAAAGUUGAGAAAGGACCUCAAAUGACUGAUCUUUACCUUCAUAGCUGUUUCAGCACUCUUCUGUUAUCCUGUGAUCUAGUCUGUCCCUAAACAGCGAUGAUUGAAAAGGAGAAGGAGAUCCUAGAUAACCUGAAUUAAUUUGAUCAGUGUGUUACGACUCCUUUUUAUGUACUCUUUUUUUUUUUCAUUUUAAGUAAUGCUUUCAAGUUUUGAGCUGUUAAGAGUUUAUAAACCGAUGAUUUAUUUACACACAGACCACAAGAGGAAACGUUUCCAGUGUUCUGAUGCUAUCUUACAACUAGCAAAGCUCCCCUGCAGUCAGUGGAGUUCAUGAAAGAGCUGUUCAGGUUACACCGUUCGCAUACAUUUUCAGGAUUCUUAUGCCUUUACUUGGAGAGCACAGGACAGUGGACAGGGAGAGAAAACUACAGGCCGGAUAUAAACCUAGGCCAACUUCGUAUCUUGGGCGCAUCUGAUGGCGCUGGUGGUGAACAGUCUAAUCUCAAAACUUGCACAGUAAAAAUAAGACGGUUUAGAAGUUUUAAUGCAGCCACUCUUCUUCUGUUGCUGGAGUGAACAGAGUUUCUUCAUGACAGGGUCUCGGAGCAGGAACUGGGGAUCUUGAACCUAACAAAAAUGUAUUUGAAACAUUUGUAGACAUGUCCUGCCCAGGGAGUCACACGGCUUCUAUCCUGACUCUAUGCCUGACCCGUCCUGCCUGUCCCUUUCAGGUCUCCUGGAGUUGAACAUUUCAGGUUGUCAGUGGUCAGCGGUCUCUGCUCUGUGUCAGGCUGUCUGUCCCUGUCUGAAGCUGCUGGACCUCAGCAGAGUGGAGGACCUGAAAGACUCUCACUUGAGGGAACUGCUGGCGCCCCCACCGGACACCCGGACAGGUGAGACAAUGACACACUGAUGUGUUACUUAGUGAACUUUUAAGAGUUUUUAUCUGAACCAAAAGUCACUUUGAGAUGUUAAACUGAACUUAUAUUUGAAAUAAAAUCAUGUUUUCUAUUCGAGUGUUUCCAAAAGGUUUAUCACCAACAAAUAAUAGUGUAGAGCGCUUGAUUUAUUUUUGCUUUUUCAAAGAUUAUCGCAGUUUUAAAAGCUUAAAUCCCUGAUAUUAACUAAACAACACCAAUCACCAAUACUGUUGCAUGUUAUGGGAGAGUAUUAAAGUUCAGGUGUUUGAAAGAGAGGGUUCCUCUCAAUAAUGGAAUUAACAAAGUAAAUAAAGUCAAUAAAAAAUGAUUAUCUAAAUAUCUUUGUUUUAACUUUAUUACUUUGAAUUUUAAAUAACUUUACCUCUUCUCUGAUUGGUCGACCAGCUCACGGGGAAACCAGGGUGGGGCGUUUCCAGAACAUGACGGAGCUGCGAUUGGCCGGUUUGGAUCUGUCGGACACGUCGUCUCGCCUGUUGGUGCGUUACGUUCCUCACCUGACCAGAUUAGACCUGAGCCACUGUGCCAACGUCACAGACCAGACAGUGCACACCCUCACCUCCCCCAUCUCCCCCCUGAGAGAGAGCCUCACCUACAUCAAUCUGGCAGGUAAACCAAAUACAGAAAGAGCAGGAAUGUUUCAUUUUAGUCUUCGAUGUUUACCUGUCUUUAUUUAUGAUUGUCUUUAGUCUUGUGUUCUGUAGACUGAGGUUUAGACUCCUCUGCUGUGUUCCUCUGGUGCAGUUUGCAGUUUAUCUCCGCAGCUUUGACUUCUUUAGUUUAUUUCUUUUCAGUCUGACUUGUAGCUUCUAGGCUCUGUGGUAGUUCCUUUUAAAAUAUCAUAUUGUAUCUGUGUUUCCCUCCUUCUUGCUGCAGGUUUACAUUGCUGUGCAUGGUUGGAGUACAAAGUUAAAUGUGUUGGAUCAUGUUAUUAUUGUUUUAAAUGAAGGUAUUAGUCAAACACUUUUGCCUAUCUAGAGUUUACUGUUGACUGUUUUGGCUUUAUGGAUGUAAUUCUGGAUUAUAAUCAGCCAAAACUCUGGGCAGGGCUUACUGAAGAUCUGAAAGACAACCAAAACCUGUACUUUCCACCACAGAAGUGGACUGGUUGACCAAAGUGAUAACUAUAACCCUUGUCUCUGUCAUAUUUUUGGCCUCUGUGCUUGUCCAGGAUAUUUUGUCUUCCUUUAAAGAUCAGGGAUUAUCCCUUUGAUGCAGCAGCCUUUCCCCUCUGAUGCUUUAAUGAUCUCCUCAUAAAACUUUUUUUUUUUUUGUAGUUUUCGAUCGGUGUUGUGAUGCCGCCGCUGUGUGUGUUUUUCAGGUUGUGUGAAGGUGACGGAGCAGUGUGUCCCCUUACUGCGUCGCUGCACCUCCCUGCAGACGGUGGACCUGCGCUCCUGCUCCCUCCUCUCCUCCGAGACUGGACAGCUUCUCUCCUUCCCAUCACACGCCUCCUCCUCUUCUUCCUCCUCCACCUCCACCUCCACUUCCACCUCCUCCUCCACCACAGUUGCUGCUUCAUCCUGCUCCACGUCUGCUGCCUCCUCCUCCUCCUCCUCCUCCUCCUGUCCUCCUGAAGACAGAACGCUGCUGAAGAACAGCUAGAGCACUCCUUUGCGCCAUUUGACAUUUGAGUCCAGACGGCACACAAGCCCCGCCUCCUUCCUGGAUACACUACAGACAGGUGAGGAAGAAGACGAGGAAGAGGAGGGAACAGUGCAGUAUUCCUCCUGUUGUUGGGAAACGAGGAAGAGGAGGAGGAGAAACAUAUUUUGGGAAAGUUUUUGGUGGUAGUUAAAAAAUAGAAACCCUGAGCAUGUACAUAUUUGUUCUCUGUACAAUUUUGGGUGUGUGUAUAUACCUGUAGUUUACUGUAAAUGACCUUUAACCUCCCCCACACACUCCCUCCCUUUUUUCCUUCUAUCCUCCCUCCCUUCCUUCCUUCCGUCCUUCCACCCUGCGACCAAUCAUAACACCAGACAUCCACCUGCUUGUCAGUAGCUGCAGAACAGGAUAAACAUGGGUAUCUGAUGUUUUCCAGAUUUAGUUUCUGUUGUAUGAAAGGUGAUGUUACCCCUCAGACCACGACCCCACCCCCAAACAGACAGGGAGAGACUUCGGUUUGCCAUAAAGAGUUUCAUCUUAAACACAAUCUGACAUCUCUGUUACUUUCUCCAGAAUCGGUCUAAAGAUCAGGCCAACGCGUCCGCUCCGCUUCCAGUCUUUGCGCGGAGCUGGGCUAAAAACACACCUGUUUUUAUAACAACUCCUGAGUGAAGUCUGGGGGUUUUAGGGUCUGACACACUCACCUUAAGUGAGAUAAACUCUUCUUUAUGUGUCUAAACAGAUGCCACAUACGAUAUUUUAAAAUCCACUCAAAGAAAGGUCAGAACUCAGUUUCUAGUCUGGUAAGGUUCUUAUAAACAGUCUGUUCGCGCUGAGUUUGUUCUCUUCAUUAAUCUGCUCUCAGACCGCAAAUUAUCAUCAUAUAACUGGGAAUUGUUCCUUAAGAGGCUGCAACAACAAAUGCACCAUUAAACAUCUGUAUCUGCAAACAUCAUCUGUGUUGACAGACAUUAGCACAUCGGCAGGUGAUGCACCAUGCACCUCUGUCAGAAGGCGAUAUUGACUUAGAUCUCACUGCAUUCGAUCAUCACAUCUACGUAAAUCUGGAACAGUUUACAGCCCUCAUAGAGAAGGUUUUUAUUGUCCCAGCAGGAAAAAAUUGGUUAAGUUUAUGUCCGACAAGAACAGUUUGUAAGACAUGAUCCAAAGACUUUUGAAAGGGAGGGGCUAGCAACUGUCAAUCAAAUCUCAUUGCUCAUUUUUGAAAAAUAGACAAGGAAGUAAUGCAAAAAACAUAAAUCAGUGCACCUGCACAAUUCCAGGUGUUGUGUUUUGUCAGACCAUCAACACUGGAGAUGGUUUCUUUUUAAGGUCCGGUCUUGCACAGAUCAGUGUUAUACGACAAAUGUUUAAGUUUAUUCAACAGAUGUGAUGAGAGAAAGUUUUCCAGACAUUUCCCAGGGUUUAGUCUUUUCCUCAUUAAAUGAAGAGUUGAGGGGCUGUGUGUUUAAUCACCUUUUUUGUGUUUUUUUUGUGCCGGCAGGGCUAAAAAACUGAUUUUAGGAGAACCUCUUACCAGCGUUUACUGUUUCAAGGUCAGGAGAGUUGUCCCACUGCACUUCUGCUUCUCAUGGUCAUGACUUUACUUUAAAAUGCUUUGUAUGCUUCACAUUUGCUUUCAGUUGAUGGCUUUUUAACAAGAUCAUGUAGAACACAGUUGAUAUACAUCAUACACACCCUUUUACUGACACUCAGUCUCCGCCGUUGACACGAUUGAUAAUAGAAAUCAUUCCCCUUUAGCACACGUCUAUUGUCACAGCCCUCAAUCUCUGAGUUUUCUCCUUUAGUUUGGACACAGUUGCCAGAGGGAACUUAAUGAAUGUAUACAGACACUAGACAAUUGAUUUAACAAACAGACAGAGACAGUGUUAAUGUGCGAAACCAGUUUGUACUGAACCAGUAAGCUCCUGCAGUGUGAACAGGCCUGGGUUAAAUGUUAAAAACUUAAUAUAGAUCCACUCAAAGUGUUAAAACAAUCCCGCUAGACCGAAGCAGAACCUCUGAACUUUCAUAUCGCUCAUUCAUACCCCAGCAGUCAAGUUUCAAGUCACAUUAUCUUGUUGUAUUCAGCAGAUUUUAAAGAGACAGAUACAGUGAAACCAAGACUCAACAGUAACAGAUACAGUGAAGCUAAGACUUAUCAGAGGCAUACACAGUGUUAACGGUACUUGGUAGAAACAGAUACAGUCAGUAGGAACAGAUAAACAGGCACUCGUUUAUCUGACUCACUCCAUCAGGUUAUUGUGACAGUAUUUUUAAGACCCCAUACAUCUUAGCAGGUGAAGGUUGUUCAGGUGUGGAUUUGGUUAAAGGUGUUUCCCUUCCAGUUUCCUGUAUGUGUGUGUUUGUGUGUAUGUGCGUGUGUGUGAUCAGACCGACAGCGCCGGGUGUGUUUGAAACUGAGCCUCAGUGUCUUCAACAUUUGCCUCAAUCAUUCAUCUUCCCUCUUUGUGUUUCUACCUGCUGCGUUUCCCUCCAUGUGUUCCUCUGGGAAGUGAUUGAUCGUCUUUUUCUCAGGAGUUUUGUUUGGUUUGUAUUCUUUUUUUUUUCUUUUUGAAUCAGGUUUUAAUUUAUUUGAAAUCCACUGCAGCACUCCCAUCAGCCCAAACAGACAUUCCUGCAAAAGAGAAAGUUAGUUUUUUUUUGUUUUUACUUUUCUCACUCCUUUUUGUAUGCAACAAUCCUGGUUUUGGUUGUAUUUUUGUUUGUUUUCUACAUGCUGAACAUUUCUUCCUGUGUUUACUGCGCUAUCAGUUAUCGGUGAAUUUGAAUCUGUUUUCUACGGAGGCCCAUUUCUGCCAAAAAAACACAGACACAUAAGUUUAGGAGAAAUUAUAAAAAAUCAUUGCACAUCAAACCAAAUUACUAAUAUCAACUUAUGAUUUACUAUCUUGUUAAUAUGAAUCCUUACUUCAACAUCUGACUUUUUAAAUCAGAAUUUAUAGUCUUCAUUAUUUGGAUUUAUACAAUAAUCUUGACCUACACAAAGGAUCUUGAUUUACUAUCCUGUUCCAUCCGAUUUCAUGGGUCAUGAUCUUUAUUUGUCUUUUCAUAAUUCACCUUGACAAAUUUAUAUCAAAAUCUCAAAUUUCUUAAUUUUCUCAAAACAUGGAUUUACAUAGUUGGUGUUGAUUCAUUCAUAGAUCUUGAUUUACUGUCUCAUUAUUCAUACUACAAUCUGGAUUAAUGAUUAUCAGCAAAAGUCAAUAUUUCAUUAUUUUGAGCCACACGAUAUCUUGUUUUUCAUCGCCAAAAAUGUAGUCUGGUAAUCUUGAUUCAUGUCUGGAUCUUGAUUUACUAUCUCAUUAUCUUGAAAAACUUUGUUGCAACCUUGAUUUAUGACCGUCACCAAAUUUCCUUAGUCUUUUAUUUUGAACUACAUGAUAUCUUGUUUUUCACUGCCAAGAAUUUACUGUUUGGUAAUCUUUAUUGGAUCUUGAUUUACUGAACUAUAAUCCUGAACACCAAAAUCUUGAUUCAUGUUCUCCACCCUCACUCCAAAUGACUAACUUAGUAUUUUGCUUCAUAUUAAAACUGAGAUUUUAUUUUGCAAUCUUGUUUUAUAUCGGGAUGUGGUGUUACUAUCGAGAUCCUGUCAAAAAAACGUUCUCAAUAUCUUCAGUAACUAUUGUAAUCUGGAUUAAUCAUCUCCACAUUAAGUUACUGUUGAACAAGUUUCAGCAACAAAAUUUAUCUUGAAUUUGACAUCUAGAUUAUAUUUGGUAAUGAUGAACUGACUAUCAAGAGCUUGACUUCCUUAACUAUCCUGUUUCAAUAUCACAAUCUUGAUCCCUAAAUUCAAAGCUAGAUGUUAAAGCUGUUUGUAUUUUUUAUUUAAUCUUGAAUACUCAGUCUUUUUUCAACCGACCAGCUGACCCACCAAAUUGCAAUCCCGAUUUACCUCUGGGACUAUGACAUAAUCUUGAGUAACAACGCUGUAAUCUUGGUUUAUCGUUUCCAACAAAAGUCCAUCAUUUUGAUCAAACUAUCUAAUCUUGUUUUACAUUUUUCAAUAUCUUGAUUCUUAUGAAAUGUUGAAUUUCAAGAUUUUGACUUCCUCUCCUAUCCUGUCAGAAUCUCAUAAACUUAACUUCCAGAUUCAAAACCUCUUUUUGAGGGAUGAUGUUGAAUUUCCAUAUCGUAGAUUUUGAACAGAAUUUUGUUUGCUGAGAAUUUUGCUUCAGCACAUCAACUAAGUUUACCAGUUUGUUAUCUUGUUUCAACUCAGGAUCUUGUUUUACUGUGCCAUUAUCGCUACACGAUUGUGAUAAUCUCCAAUAUGUUUUGAUUUCACAUGUCGUCACAUGUUGUUUACAAAGUGACUCAUGAUUCAGGAUUCGUCAGGAAGUCAAGAUCAGACUUUAUGUCAAGUCAUAGGAAUUUAUUAGCUGAAAAUUUGGGUAUUUUUGUUUUUUAUAACACUUUUUUUUUGUUGUUUGGGCUGAACUGGGCUUCCGUAGUUUUCUCAGGGGCCUCACUUAUGAAAAAUCAAUCAGAUCCUGAGUUUACCGUCAGGAUCAUUGUUGAAACAAAGUUCAGACUUACGAUGUGUCCAAAAUAUCAAUGCAAGCUGCUGAUUGGGUAGAGAUGUUUCAUAAAUGAUGCCCAGAUGUUCAUAUCAGCACGCGCUGCUGUGACUGUCAGCUGUUUGUUUCUAUUUGUGUGAACUGGCUGUCUCAUCACAUGAGGCGGUGGCACUGAGGGGAGGGGGUGGGGUUAGGGCAAGGUGGGGGUGGGGCAGAAAUGUUAUUAACGUAUUUCAUAUUGUUCUUUUUAAAUGUAUAUGACAAAUCAAACAGCCAAACAAAUCAUGGAACACAGUUAUCGUGACAAACAGGUAGCUGUGAGGGUCAACAUGUGCUAGUCAGCAUGUUGGUUAGCAUGUGAGCUAGCUGUACAACUUCAGGCAUUAUGUCGCUUACUGUUGCAUUACCUCUGCUGCAUUGUUCCCAGAGGAAAACAGAUAUUUUAAAAAACUUAAAAUGAAAGUAUUUAGAUUAAGUAAGGAAGAAAAACUGCCACAAUCACUAUUUAGCUAAAGUUAGCUAACUAUUGAUAGUGGCCAGUUCUGUUUUUUGACUUACUUAAGAUCGGCUACAAGUUAUUUGCUUUUUGCCUGUUAUUAAUGUAACAGCUAGCUAACCCGUGUUAGCUUGCCACAAAAGCAGCAGAGUUUGAUGAAUGCGAAUAGUGUAGCAGAAAUCACUCUGACAAAGCGAAAAAUAACGAACAAAUAAAAAAAUAAUACAUUGUUGACAGAAGCCAUUAAAAGCCAAAGGAACAAGUUUCGCUAUCAUUUCGCUAUCAUUAGCACAAACAUUAGAAUGCUAAUAAAAUGAAUUCCCUUAAUUUCACGCCUUAACUUUAAAUGGGCUUACUCAUGCUACCUAGCUUACUAGUUUUAGCUUGGUAAUUAGUAAGCCCCAGGAUAUGUGAAGAUCUGGAAAUCUAAAAUAUGUAUACUAAUCAGUCAGAAAAAAUCAGAAGUCGGAAAUCGGAAGUUAAAUUGCUAUGAAAAAAGUACUAGGGCAGACUACGCUAGCGUUAACUUAUUGGGAACUUAUUUAAAAGACAAAAAUUCCCUGUUCAAUACCACCAUUUUUCAACUACAAAAAGUUGAAAACUCUGUUAACUUAUUUGCUCAUUUGUUAACUUAAGCAGAAACUAGCCAGCUAGCUAGUAGAUGCUUGUGAAGAAGAGCAUAAAAAUAUGGCAGAUUGAUGUUUACUACAUAUCCAAAUUUUUAAACUUUAGAACAAACAUUUGUUUAAGAUUAGACCACUGAGAAAAAAGUUGUUGGGUAGCUCCUUUUGCGAUAGCUACCAUGUUAGCAACUGUAGCCAAUUACCAGAAAAUAAAAUCUCAUGUAUCAAAGUUAAUUCAAGUUUACACUGUGAACUUAUUAGUGAAUGUCAGAGGGUUUGAGGCCCAUAGAAAGAGUCCAAUCCCAGUAUCAUACUUGUCAUUAAUGGUCAGAAAUUUGAAACAUCCUUCGAAAAUAAAAAAUUAAACUUAUUUGCAUUUUUCAGUAACUUUCGCAGGAAACGUAUUACUUUUGGUGAGUUUGACUGUCCAGAGUAAAUUAGGAUAUUUUUCACAGUGGAGUGAUUGAUAAGAGUAAGUUUUGUAGCAGUGCAGUAGAGGUAAUUCAACAAUAAAGCUAACUCCAUUAGCCUGUGGUUCCUGUUCGCUGGUGGAGGUUAUUUCAGCCCUGUGUAGGCCAGAAAUGAAAGUAUUAGUGAAAUCUGAAAUUGCCAUGUGGUUCGCCUUGUUGUGCCAUACACACUCCGAUCAGAUCAGAUCAGCAUUUUACUGUCGUCAGUCUGAUGGGUCAGUUUUUAUAGUUUUUACUUUUUGUAUUAUGUUGUGAUUUAGAUUUUUUUUUUUUUUUGAAACUGUGACAUUGACGCCUCACUGUUCUGUAUGCAUAUCACAGCUUAAAACUUCACCUAGCAACAAGUGAGGAGAUAGAACCUGAUUGGUCAAUUAUCCUGACUCUUAAAAGCUCUUAUCCAAUCAGACACCCACACAUAUCUCAGCUUUCUUCUCUGUCUAUCUUAGUAAACUCUCUCCUGGCUUUCUGGAUGUCAUUAAGAUGCACUGGAUCUUCAUCAUCACCAUCAUCUUCCUCACCUUUUGCCAAAUGUAGUUUUUGUUGUGAAAAGGGGCAUUUUCUCCCAUUUUUGUUUUUCUUUUUCUGUUUUUUGUUCUUUUUGAUACUUUGUCCAUGACUCUUCCGUUGUGUUGAUGAAAAAAAUGAGGAAGAAGUUGGAACAAAAAGUGAAAAGACACAAAAAGACCAACUCAAGGCAGCUACGUAUGAGUGACUACUGUAAAAUGACUAACGAAUAAAGAAGCAAUGGGUUUGUUUUUACAUCCUUUGAGUCUGUUUCAUAAUUAAAACAAACUUUUGCAUGUCCACAAUAUAUUUAACAUCAAGCUAGAGGUCUGAGAAUAAAUUACUUUGUUUGUGUUUGUAAAUUUAUAACUUAACUUUUAAUCAAUCAAUCAACUAAAUUAUUAUACCAAAACACUUGAAAAAUAAUUAAUGAAAUGUUCACUGCAUUACAAAGUAAUAAUGACUUCUGUUUACAGUGUGAACUUGAUACUCAAGUGCCAUGUGCAUCUCAUCAUUUCUCAUACUUGUCUUUGGGAGUUGAGUAUUCAUAAGGAAUUUAAGGUCACAUUAAAGUUCAUUCACCUCAGGCAUCACCCACCAGCAGUGGUGUACUCAGGCUCUUUGACAAGCAAGAGGGGGAAAAGGACACAUGUUGUAUGUCAUUAUUUCAUCUAAAAUAGUGAAAACCCAACAUUUCAUCUUUUUUGAAAUUAUGGACUGGUUCUAAAGUGCUUUCCAAUGUCGCAUUCUUUCAAACAACUCAAUAUCUGUAUCAAAAAUUUCAAAUUCUUUUGGAAAUCAUGGACACUGAAUCCUCCACUCUACAAAGGGUUGGAAGCAUAGACUGUAUAUACAGUCUAUGGUUGGAAGUCUGAAUCUGACAUUCUUUUUGGAACUCAUGGAUGCCACUAAACAGUAGAGGGACCACCCUGCUUACAGUUCAAAGCCACCAACCCUGAUAGUGUGGGGGGUCAUAACUUUUCAUGUCAUGGGUAACUUACAUAUCUGUGAAGUCCUCAUUAAUUUUCAACAAUACCUACAGGUUUGGGAGCAGCAUAUGCUGC